CCACAUGGGCGGGAUUAUGCAGAAGGGUAUUGCGCAUGUGCUCCUUCCGCUAUACGCCACGGACAGAGGUAUCAUCAUGUCCAGGGUGCCGGUGGGCAAGGUGCUGCUGCGAAAUGUUAUUUGUCACACAGAUGCCCACAACAAGAUCCAGGAGGAGUCGGAGAUGUGGAAGUUGAGGGGGAUGGAGAAGGGGCCAUUCACCAGCCACAGAUCGAUGCCACGAGCCUUAAAUCCAUCCAGGAGUCACAUGCACUGUGAUCGUGUGGAGGAUGGGUCUGUAGACAGACUGGGAGACCGGCUGUGGAGAAGAGAACACGAUUCCAGCCAGGACAAGAGGAAGGCACGCUACUGGACCAAGAAACUCUGACUUUGAGGCCAAUGAUUCGGACAGAUGGGGACACAGCGGUUUUAAGGAGCUACACCCUGAGGAGUUUAAAAGUGACUGGGAUAGAGACCGUGGUGAUGAUCAGAAUGGGCAUUGGAGAAAGAAAACGUCCAGACUUAAAACAGCCAAAUCAAAACAUCUGAAGAAGUCCUCCAAGAAGAAGAAAGAGGAAAAGCGAAGGAUAGGUGAGUCAGACGGUGAGUCCAGCAGCGACAAGAGCGACAGUGUCAAACAGGAACAGAAGAGGAAAAGCAGCAAGAGCAAACAUAAGAGGAAAAAGAGGGAGAGAGAGGAGGAGAGCAGCUCAGAGGAGGAGGAUGAUGAUGAGGAGGAGAGAGGGAGAAGGAGGAAAUGAUAGAUGGACUCCCACAGAGACACAGGACCAGAGUCACACAAGAAGAGGAAGAAAAACUGGAAAGCAGGAGAGGACAAAUCGGAAGACAGUUCUGAGGAUUGAACCUUUUUCCAUUGGCAGCCAGUAACCUGUACCCUCAUACUGCUCAACCCCCUUUCAGUUACUGAAAGUGAGUGGGCAAAGCUUUCACAGUUACACCCCACUUCCACUUUAGUGUCCAAUGUUUCCCACAAGAUUUGUUGUGAGCACGGCAUCACCAUAGCUAAUUGCUAGAAAUGUUUGUGAUUUAUCCAAUAUUAAGACAACUGAGGAAUUGGCUAAAGUACAAAUAUAACUUUUGAACAGACCUACUGGCAGGGGAAAGCAUAUCGCUCUUCCCUUAACAACUUUCCUCUGCAAUACUCUUCUGUGCUGUACUUCUCUUUCUGUGUACAGCUGAGCACAAACCUGUGUUCUCCCCUAAGGGCAUUCAGCAGUACCUCACCUUCUGUUACUGGUGCUGCUCAAGCUGCAGUGCUCAGAUAGUGAGCUGACACUGCACAAAUAUGGACUAAACGAAAGCCACCUAAUUCCACCUCAUGACAAGUUGAUUGACUGCUGAGCCUUGUCUCAUAGUUAGUGUUCUGGCUUGACUUUAGCUGUUAUACUAUGGAAAAUUAUGAAAUUGUAUGCAGAUUUCCCAACCAAUUGUGACAAUCUUUUAUGCUUUUUUUAAAUUCAGUAUUUAUUUUAAAAACGUUUGAUUUAUGGGAGUCGGGAUUUAACGGAAUGUCAGGAGGGACAUUGAAAAAUAAAAUGCAUAUUUAGUUUUCUGAAAAUGUACUCUGGUUAUCACACCACACUUUUAAACAGGAAGGACAAAUCACAUGGAUCUCAUGUUAUGACUGCAGGAUAUCUACAUGACUAUCAUUCACAAGUCGUCUCAGUAGGCCUAUAGCCUUUCUAUUUCAUGAGCUUGAGCAUAAAUUUGACUCUUCAUGCAUCAAAUUCUAUGAAAUAUUGCCCCUUGGGUUGAAUACGUCCAGAACUGGGUACCGUUUACCAUAUAACAUUGUAUAAAUGGUGUACGGUUUCCCUCUAGUGUUAAGUUUCUACAGUACUCACUGUAGAUGUAAUGAGCAAGAAAAUGGAAUAGGUCAGCACUGAAUGAGAAUUUCUACAUCACUAUAUAAACUCCUUUUAAGAGACCUGCUGAAAAAGGUGCUGUCGUCUAAAACAGGUUUGAGCGGCAUAGUUUUAUUCUUACGUAGAGAGCAGGCCACUGCUAUAUGGUAUCUUUUCAAGUUCAUGCCUUUCUCCUUAAUGAUCAUCACGCUGUACAAGGUUAAUUUAUUAUUUAGUGGAAGGGCUAGGAGGCCUACAGGGUCUAAUAUCCUGUUAUCUAUGGUGCGUUGUCUCCACCUAGUGGCUCAAUCAGUGUAGUAGACCCUGAGGAUUGAUUGACUCAUGGCCUCUUUUGACUUCAUCAGAAUAAAUAGUUUAUUUGUGACAAAUAAAGGAAUAUUGUUUCUGA